AUGGCUCUCUGGAUCCGAUCGCUGCCUCUCCUGGCCCUUCUUGCUCUUUCCAGCCCUGGGACCAGCCAAGCAGCUGUGAACCAGCACCUCUGUGGCUCCCACUUGGUGGAGGCUCUUUACCUGGUGUGUGGAGAGAGGGGCUUCUUCUAUUCCCCCAAAGCUCGACGAGACAUUGAGCAGCCUCUAGUGAGCGGUCCCUUGCACGGUGAGAUAGGAGAGCUGCCCUUCCAGCAGGAGGAGUUUGAGAAGGUGAAACGAGGGAUCGUGGAGCAAUGCUGCCACAACACGUGCUCUCUCUACCAGCUGGAAAACUACUGCAACUAG